AUGACGAUGGACAUUAAGCAAUCGCGCAUGAACGGGAUCAAGAUGGCUCCCGGAAGCCCAGGAACGGCCACAUUGGCCAACGAUCUCCACCCUAAUCAUCAUCAUCAUCAUUCGGCGACGGCGACAAUGACGACAAAGCUUCCCAGUGGUGGUGGUGGUGGUGGCCGGGCAUCAGCCGGCAAGCGAUCCUUCGACGUUGCCUUCCUCAUGAUGCCAGAUGAGAAACUGGGCCGCUCGAAAAGCGAACGGCUCGCCUACCUGUUCCCUGGUGCCGCUCGCUUCUACGAGCCACCCGCCGGAAUGAUGUUCGGUGCCGUGGGACCGUUCGGACGCACCGGAACACGCAGCUCACUAUCCGGAUCGCCGGAUCUCCCUUCUUCCGCUGAUCCAAUGCCACCGCGCAGUGCAUUCUCGAAGGUGACGACGAGCAUCAUCAGCGUACCGGACUCACCCGGCCCACCGCCCCUCAGCCCGGACGAUCGACAAAGUUGCCCCUCGACCAGCCCGCCCAUCUCGCUCAGUCCCGGCGGUGGCGGUGGUUCGCAGCAUUCCCAGGCAUCCGGCUUCCGGUACGAGUACGGACCGUUCCUAACGCCCACCGGGAGCCCACCGGUGCUGCUCGGCGAUCAGCUGCGCCCCAAAUCGUUCCGUUCACCGGCACCCGGCGGUCCACCACUCCCGGCGCUGGGAGUGCUCGAUCCGUCCGUCACUGAUCCGGCAGCGUACUUUCACGGUGGCGGUCCCGGUGGCCCCGUCGUCGGACACUUUCCACUCGGUGGUGGUGGCGGAGGAGGCGUCCUGCCGGAGGUGGACGGAUUGAUGCGGAAUCCGGCGGCGGCCGCCAUCCUUUCCACCCUGCUACCGUCCGCCAUGAGCACGUUCACGCUGUCGGCGCAGAAUGUGUGCGCCAAGUGCAACAUCAGCUUCCGGAUGACGAGCGAUCUGGUGUACCAUAUGCGGUCGCACCACAAGAGCGAACGGGAGGUGCACGAUCAGGCGCGCCGGAAACGGGAGGACAAGCUGAAGUGUCCGGUCUGUAACGAGAGCUUCCGGGAGCGGCAUCAUCUGACGCGCCACAUGACGGCACACCAGGAUAAGGCGGGCGAUCUGCUGGAACCGGCGGCCAAGAGCUCGUCGAAGCGGUCCCCGGACGGGGCAGCCAAACAUCAUCACCAACAUCACCAACAUCACCACCACCAGCAGCAUCAUCAGCAUCCCCCGUUGCCCCUCGGUGGUGGCGGUGCCGGUGGUCGAUUGGCGUAAACGAGCGAAUCCCUCA